GAGCCUUGAUCGCAAACAGUCGCUGGCCCUGGCACAUAGAUGAGAAAUGCCAAUAGUGCGGAUGGUAAAGAAACAAAGCAGCAGCAGAGGAUACCGUGGACUUGAAGAAUAACAGAGUUAAAGAGGACUCUACUGAGACCAGACGUCGUGGCCAGGCUGGCAAAAUGUGUCUGAAAAGUUGCCUCGUAAUUACCCUUCUGGGUCUCAGCCUUGUCUGCAAUGAGGCGACUCUGGUCGAUGGACAUGUUCUUGUCUUUCGUAGAAUCACAAAUCAGUUGAUUGAGGAGUUUAAUGCCUUGCCAGCACAGUUCGGUCCCUCGUUUCCGACCAAUGGCAUUAAAGUGUUCGUUGUGCCAGCGAUGCCGAAUUCCUUUGCUUGUGGCCACCUGGAUAGGCCACCGCACCUUAAUUAUCCAACCGGUGCUAAAUUUGUGGCUCUAAUAUCACGCGGUGGUGAGUGCACAUUUGAGCGAAAGGUGCGAGUGGCUCAGAACGCCAGCUAUUCUGCUGUGAUUGUUUACAAUAAUGAAGGAGAUGACUUGGAGCAAAUGUCCGCCGAUAACAGGACGGGCAUCCACAUACCAUCCGUUUUUGUGGGCCACACGUCGGGCAAGGCCCUAGCCACCUACUUCACGCCCGAGGUGGUGCUUAUCAUCAACGAUGAGCUUCCCUUCAACAUCAAUACCCAACUAAUAUUGCCCUUCUCCAUACUGAUUGGCCUGUGCUUUAUUAUCAUGGUUAUCUAUAUGAUCUACAAGUGCAUCAGAGAGCAGAGACGACUGCGUCGCCACCGACUGCCAAAGAGUAUGCUGAAGAAGCUCCCAGUGCUCCGCUACACAAAGAACAAUGUGAACAACAAGUACGACACCUGUGUGAUCUGUCUGGAGGACUUUGUCGAGGACGACAAGUUGCGUGUCCUGCCUUGCUCACAUCCGUACCACACACACUGCAUCGAUCCUUGGCUAACCGAAAAUCGCCGCGUCUGUCCCAUUUGUAAGCGCAAGGUUUUUACGAAGGGCGCAACGCGUGCAAGUCGGAGUCGACAGCCUUCUUUGGAUAACGUCACGGACACGGAUGACGACACGACCCCGCUGCUGCAGCAACAAUCCAGCACUCGCCAGUCGACACAAUCGAGUUCCGCCUCUUCGGCCGUGGAAGCUGCUGGUGGUAGCAGUACGAAUGUGGGAGCAGCCGCUGCUGCUGCUGCUGGAACCACCAGGCACGGCACAUUCCGACGGGGGGACGCUGGUAGGAAUCCGUUCGAGGAGACACAGAGUUCGGACGACGAGAAUGCCCUGCUGGACUCGGCUGUACGUCCGGCCACAUCGUCCGGAGUUCCACAUGAACGGAUCAAUCCCUUCGAUCGGGCCCCCAAUUUGCCAGCCAAUUUGGCUGAACAGUUCAGCGGAGAACGUCCAUCGAUCUGGUCUCGAAUCAACUUCAACUUCCUGUUCCGCCGCCAACCGAAUACAAUCAGCGUUGCGGCUCCACCUUAUCUGGAGCAUGUAGAGUCCGGCACUGGAGCCAUGGGCUUGCCCGCGACGGGGACAGUUGCCGUGGCCACACCCGCCUCGAACAACAUCCUCAAUCCGAAUUUAAGCGGCUCCUUCAAGGACGACGACGAUAUGCCACCGCAUCGCUCCAUCUAUGAACCAAUUGCAAUCAGCACGCCUGCCACGGAGUCGGCGAUGGCCGACGAUUCGGCGUUCCUGCAAACGCCAACGCAAGGCGGCAUAGGUGUGGCCGCCUUGCCAAAUAGCGGCACCGAUCGCCAGUUUCUCAUAUGAGGCGAGUCCUUCGCCCCGAGUCCUUAGUCCGUAGGUUGUCACCGAUCCUUGAGCCGAGAAAUGUUGUAUAUGUUUCGGUUUUAACUGGGAACGUGCUUCAAUGUUUUUCGUUUUGGGUUCGCUAUUUAUACUGUUAGCUGCCAGCUUCCAGCUGCUUUGUUUUAAACAAUUAACUAAUGUUUAUUAUUAAUAUUAAUAAAUAUGUAGCCGAUCCUUGUGUUGGCCUGUGCGCAGGACCAAACCAACGCCCCCUACCCCACAGACACAAACAACACACAAACACCCAAAAACACGUCAUUUAUAUGCGUAUACAAAUUGUGAUUUAUUUUAUAUACAUUUUACAAUUAACCCAAUCGGCACUACUAGAGAACGAUGCCCCGCCUGCAACUUCCAAAAAUACAAUAAAAAAAAAAAGAAAAGAAAUCGAAAAGUAACUAAGAAAAUGCGUAAAAUACUUGUAAGAUUGAAUUGUUUACCUGAUUCGGAUUAAUCAAAGAUUUUUGUUUUUAUUAUUUCUAAUUUAAACACAAAUACACGUAAAACAAUCACACUGAUUAUACAAUUAAACUGAUUUAAGGAAUUACUGAUGAGUUUAUUUUGAAAGCAUUGUUUUAUGAGAUCUGUUAUUCAAGAAACAAAGGAAAUUAAAUCAAACACUUGAUUAUGUGGCACUGGCCUGUAUAUUGUACAUUAUUCUCGAUUUAACUAAUUUUAAGUUAACUAAAUAUACAUAUAGUGUAUAAUCCCCGUUCGAUGCCCGUUAUUAGGUCAGAGGAAUACUGUCAAAUAUGAUCAAAUUAUAUUUCGAGUCAAUGUCGUUGCCACACUCUCCGAUAAGAGUAGAAAACUUAAGCGCUAGUUUUGUGAUUCUUUUUUCCCCAAGAAAAUAAAAAAAAUAAACACACAGAUUCAAAAACACCUAUUAAUUAGAAAAGCAACUGAUAAAAAAAAAACUGUUCACAACAAAACGAAAUCAAUUAGGGCAUAGAUGCAUUCGAAGAGGAAUAUAUUUAGUGAUGCUGUGGCGCAGUGUAAUUUAAAUUUAAUUUACAUUCAAAUAAUAAAUAAACGUAAUGGAUAUAAACAAAAA